UAUAAAUACCCACAAACCCCAUGCAUUCGUCAAACAAAUCAAUUCCCAUGGCAAAACAUAGAGCUCUUAAUAUACUCUUCUUUCUGUUGCUGGGCGUAGGAAUAUGCUCGGCAGCAAGAACUCUCCUCAAUUAUGAGGUUGGACUUGGCGCCCACGUUGGUCUCGGCGGUGGGGUUACCGUUGGUGGCGGCGGUGGUGGUGGAGGUUCCGGUGGAGGUGGCGGAUAUGGUGCGGUAGGUGGCCAUGGUUAUGCGGGUGGAGCUGGUAGCGGAGAAGGCGGUGGUGACGGGUAUGGUGGUGGUGCUGCUGGUGGUGGAGGUGGUGGAGGUGGUGGGGGAAAGGGAGGUGGUGGUGGUGGAGGAGGUGGCGAUGUAGGCGGCCACGGUUCUGGUUAUGCGGGUGGAGCUGGUAGUGGGGAAGGCGGCGGUUCCGGGUAUGGUGGUGGUGGUGGAGAGCACGGUGGUGCUGGUGGUGGAGGUGGCGGGGGAAGUGGUGGUGGUGGCGGCGGAGGCUAUGCUGGUGGGGGUGACCAUGGUGCGGGGUCCGGAAGUGGAAGUGGUGAAGGAGGCGGAGCUGGGGGUGGAUAUGGUGCGGGAGGGGAACACGGCGGUGGGUCCGGUGGUGGUGGAGGCGGGGGUAGUGGCGGCGGCGGCGGUGGCGCUUCAGGUGGAGCACACGGCGGCGGAUAUGGCGGAGGUGAAGGAGCAGGGGGUGGGUACGGCGGAGGAGGAGCAAGUGGUGGGGGAUAUGGUGGUGGGGGUGGCAAAGGUGGUGGUGGAGGCGGAGGCUAUGCUGGUGGAGGAGCAUCAGGUGGCGGAUACGGAAGUGGAGGUGGUGAAGGUGGCGGCGCAGGAGGCGGAGCACAUGGAGGUGGGUACGCUGGUGGUGGAGGUGGUGGCGGAGGAUCAGGCGGAGGCGGCGGGGGAGGUGAACAUGGAGGUGGAUAUGGCGGCGGUGCCGGAGGUGGUGAAGGUGGUGGACAUGGUGGGGGCUACGCCCCAUGAAUAUAUACCCAAAAGGGGAUAUGAUUACUCUUCUUACAUAUACACCGGCCGCAUAUAAUUAAAAUAAGUAAAUGCAUGUAAGAUAUGUGUAAGAAGAUGGUUAUUAUGAAAAGUAAUUAAUUAAGCAGAAGCAUGCAGCAAUGCAAGCUAAGGGCUGCACAUGCAUGCAUAUAUGUAUUAAUGUUUCUUAUACAUAAUUAUCAACUUCAAUUAAGAUAUGGUGUCUGUUAUUAACGUUAA